UCUGUUCUUCUUUAGCUUACUCAUCAUUCCACAAUAUUUCUGUUGCCAUGUCUUCUUCUUAUGACCCAUUCAUCGAGUCGCUUGUCUUUGAUACCAGCACAGUAUCAUCAUCUGGCAGCACCUCCCCAGAAACGUACACGGAGGAUUUAGAGCUAUGGACCAAUGCACAAUUCACUUUUGACGUUGCUCCGGGAAGUGCGAUCCAAGACAAGCCUUCUAACGCGCCAACAACAACAGCACCAACAUCAUCGACCACUGCUGCCAACUCUCUUUUGUCUUUGAAUAUACCCCAAUUUUCUACUGCAACUACUGAUCCAAGCAACGAAUUGUUCAAAUUGCUGGGGCUGGAUCAUUUAUUACAGCAGCAGCAGCAGCAACUACUACAACACUCUGUCCCUGCUAUCACUACUGCUGCCACUACUGCUGCCGGCAUCCGAGCAGCACCUCCACUACUACUGCCCAAGGUCGAUCCGUCGCAAGCCAAGAACAAUAACACGUCGCCACCAGUACCGGCUGCGAAACUGCCAAAUGUUUCAACCGAAAAGCGUAACGCCAACAAUAAGCGAGUACGUGCAGACGAGGAACUAGGUGCCCAAGAGCGCGAAGCGGUUGAAGAAGAUAAGCGACGUCGCAAUACGGCAGCAAGUGCACGAUUCCGUGCAAAGAAGAAGGUUCGGGAACAAGCCAUGGAACAGACGGUCAAAGACAUGGCAGAGAAAUCUGAAAAGCUGGAGGAGCGCGUUCAAUCGCUUGAACGAGAGAUCAAAUGGCUACGGACGCUUCUCAUUGAAAAGAACAAAAAGAACGACGAACGACAAGAAACACCAUUAGCACCAUUACCAUCACCGACACCAUCAUCAUCAUCAUCAUCAUCACUGGCGUCAGCAUCAUCAACAUCUUUAGUAUCAACAUCAUCAUGAAGUCAUGUAAACUAUCAAAACAUCAUUCAUCAUCACUAUUACAACAAUUGCGACUACAAAAAGCAUCAUAUCCCAACACUACCUACAUCACUACGCUAUCUACCCCCUCAAAGCAAAACAAUCGCUCUCUUUUCUUUUUCUUAUGCUGUCAACUGUGUACAUUUGGAAGAGUCCCUAAUUUUUUAUAUCUAUGCCUGCUUAUAUCUUGUGUAUAUGCGUUUUGAUUUGUCAUCGUGCCUCAUUCAUAACGAGAGAAUAAGAAAUAAAACCUGAAGUUGAAGCGCAGCGUGCGCGGCCUUCUAUAAAAGUUAA